AUGAGCAAGCAAGAUGUUUGCAAGAGGUUUCCCCGAGGAGAUUCCGAGAUCCUGCAGUGGUCGUGGGUGGAUCUAGCAAUUCGAAGGCAUGGCAGGUUUUUGCGCUUCAUGGCCGAACCGUACUUCAUUCGUUAUGAGAGUGCCGACGAGUCGGCACCUGCCAUGCCGACCAAAGACGCCUGGAUAAAGCUCCGGCGAAGAACCCGCGUUUUCGACGCUUGGGUCGGAAAGGUGAGACGCAUCCGGGCGUUGGGAGCUCCAGAUGAAGAUGCCUUUGGGGACGCAGAGCUCGAGACAUCGCCGGCCGAUCUGCCGAAGCCACGAGCCGACACUGCCAGCACUGCGCUGGCAAGCUCUUCCUCCCUCCCAGCGUCCAGUGGUGUGGCCGAGGAUGUUAUUUGGGAAGGCUUAGCCUUUGCGCAAGACUUGGGCCCUUACCGGUCGUAUGCCUCGUGCGCAGAGGAUGUUCAUUUGAUUUCCAGCUUCCUCGAGCUGACACCAUUGACCCGAGUGGUGCCCUCCGUCGUGAAGCUACUGUUCCGGGUGGUCAGGUUUCUGCGGAUGUGUGACUAUCACGUGGAGGACGUGUGCGUGAUCCUCGCGCACGCCAGCGCCUAUUUCUUGGACUUCUAUGCCCAGCUGGGUGCCCGCGUGGAGGACGGUGAGGAAGUGGGUUAUGUUGUGGGGAGCUUGAUCUUCAUCGCGCACAGUUUCGUCCAAGAUGAGACCUGCCCCCUGAAUGUUUGGCACAAGCACCUCUUUAGGAAGUACUGCAAUGUCAAGACCCUUAACGCUGCCAUCAUGCAACUCAUGAAGCUGCGGGCAGGUGGAGGCACCAGUGACGCCGUUUGGCCGCUCCAUGCUCCGGCGGUGCCUUCGAAAGAAAGCUGCGAAGGCCAGUACCGGCUGCGCUUGACGGAGGAGGAUCUCGCUCGCCGAAUGUCCCGGCUCAGGGAGUCCAUUGCGCGCUUCGAUAACUUGGAAGCGGAAUUCAAUAGGCCACUCCUUGGGAGAAUCGGGGCAGAUGUUGGGGCGUCCUUUGGCGGCCGUGGCCGUACGGCCAAGCCCUCCCAAUGGAGGCGGUUACCUCUGCGGCGACCAGGAUGGAUCGUCCAGGCCGGGCAGAUACUGCAGCUAGACGUCUUCCCCCUGCGGGCGCCCGGUUGGGGUUUGCGACUUCGGACGCUGUGCAUCGCCCCGCCUGCGCCCAGAGGGCUCGACGGGGCGGAAAAGCGCGGCCUGGGGGGGUGGAUCUUGGUGCCGCAUCUCCUGUGGCGUGUCCCUCCAUCGAGACCUUGCUUUAUUUUUGCAUCCUUUUUUCAAUUGGAGCCACGAGUUGUGAGGGGGUAUAGGUUGUCAGAGGGAUUUGCUGGGACUUUUGGAUGGUGUUGUAGUGCGUUCGCCUUUCUAUGGAGCUUCAGCCAUGCAGAGGACAAGCUCUUGAGGUCGUGA